AAUCAAACCCUGGACCAGCCAUAAAUACAAUCUCUCCCAUUCCCCAGCACCCCAGCAUCCCAGAACUGCAUUUCGUAAAUUACAUAUUGCCUCAGGCACGGUUCAUUCUUCAGUGCGACAAGAAGUCCUCACUUGGCCAUGACCCAAGUAUCGCUAGAGGCCAGCGGCCCUCGAUCCUUCCUAAUUUACAUCGUGGCCAGAGUCGGGCCAAGCGGUAGCUACCGCCCAUUAGCGGUUACCCUCCUGGCAGGCAGUGCCACCAGGAGCAACCGCGGGUCCGAUCUCGUCCGAACAUGUCUGCAAAUCAUCACCAUCCUGUCCGACCCGGCAAACCAACUUGCCAUCCAAGGAGAGCUGCGCCUGGCCGAGGAAUUCUACACACGUGGGCACAACCCCCCGCGCGCCGAGCUCCCGGAACCCAGCGUCUCGCCGGACCUCCUGGGCCUCUUCGAGCUGGUAGAGGAUGAGCCAGAGCGUGGCUGGGAUCGAGGGCUGAGGGAAUUUCCCUUUCUCUCCGCAUGUCUACUGCUCGGAGCAGGCUACGAUCCCUCGACCGGCGAAUUGUGGGAGGUCCGCACCGAGCCCCUAGGAACCGCAUACCGCGACGACAGCCUCGAGUACGGCAUGGUAGCGCUGGAUAUUUCCGAGCUGGAAAGGAUCCGUUAUGGGAUUGUCGGGUUCACCGUGAAUCUGAUGGCAGAGGUGAACGUACGUGAUGACGAUGCGGGUUACGACCCGGUGGAGGACAGCCCGCCUGAGGAUGAUGGCGUACCAACUGUGGAGGAGAAUCGUCCGCGGGUGCCCCUGUCCGCCAGAGAGUAUAUGGCCAAAUUCCACUACUACGGCCCCGAGGACGUCGUGCAGACGCUGGAGGAGGUGCCGCUUGUUGACAUCCAAGCUCUAGACUACAUCUGGCCAACUAAUGCCCUCAAUCCGGGAUCAUCCCCGACGUUGGUGGACGUGGACAUUGAUGGUCCAACAACUUCAACGCAACCUCCCGAGGGUUCCAAGAGAACCCUUGGAGACCAAGCAAUCGUCAGCCUGAUUGGCAGCACCCAGGAGGAAGACGGCUUCAACAUGUCCAUCUUCGACGAUGUCCUGCUCCUUCCAGGCUUCUCAUCCAGGCUCUUGCGACUGCUGGAAGAACACCCAGACCGGCUUGGCCCCACACGUUCAGCCGGUCAACUCCUCAAGCUCGCCUAUGCGGGUCACAAGCACCUAGAUUGGGUCCCGUACAAGCAUCUCUCCGCCGACGGAAUUGCAGUUGCCCUUGAUUCUCCGGAACUAGAGGGUGCAGAGUCGCUCAUCUUCCGCAUCGGCUCCAACUGCGGCAAGACUGCGCAACUCGCCAAAUCACUACUACGGUUGGCGAGCCUCCAGCAGCUGUGCGUGCUCCAAGAACCAAUAAGGACCGACGACGACCCAAGCGCAGAAUUAUUCGUACAGCUGUCGGCAGCAGCAGCGGCAGACCCAAGGACCCAACGCCUCCUCCAAGACGCCCGCAUCAUAUUUACAGGCGCCUACUCUGCCUCGCUGCGCAAGACCUUCUGGCUACCCACAACCAACUACAGCCCGCCGGUGCACGCCUUCCCCGUGCAGCAAAUGUUCGUCCGCCACCAACUCCCCACCACCGACGACACCACCAAAUUCUGGCCCAACCACUUCUACCUCGGCGACGCGCUCCUCUCCCCGCAGCGCUUCGCCGCCGGCUUCCUCGUCUUCCUCCACAACCUAAACACCGACGACCACCUCCUCACCCUCGCCACCAGCCCUCCCGACCUAGCAUCCCCCCCCGACCGCACCGCCAUCAGCCCCAUCCCCGCCGAAGCAUUCACCAUCCCGCUGCGACCCCUCGCCACGCACGGCUACACCACCAACUCGCGCGCCGAGUGCUGGUCCAAGGCCCGCGACCUCGUGCCCGGCGGGUGGACCGUGCUCGUCUCGCAGGAGAGGUACUUCGACGCCCGCGCGGCGGCCCGCAACGCCCAGGACCACCACCACCGACCCACCGAGGCGCGGUUCAUCCGGUACGCGUUCGUGCGCGCGCGCGAGCGCGUCUCCGUCGAGGACAGGUCGGUCGACGAGAUCCGGAGCCUGGAUCUGGGCCCGCGGACGCUCGAGGUCGGCGGCUUGGAGGAGUUCCUGAGGGAUACGGCCCCCGGCGGCGGCGUCGACGCGACGCUGGUCAGGCGCCGCCUGGAGGAGCUGGCGCGCGGCGUGGCGGACUCGCCGGGGCAUGAGCCGGCUAAUCGGCUGGGGCAGGCGCGCCUGGGCCCGGGGAUGGAAUGGGUGUCUGUGUUGGGGCACGCCGAGGCUUGUGAUGUGCUCAGGGACUUCUUCGAAGAUGCGGCGUUUGUUAGGAGGAACCUGAGGCUUGCUAUGGAGGAGAAUCCGACUGAGCGGAACUGGUAUCCGGAGCUUUUGAAUGGUGGGGAAAGCCGAGACAACGAGUCGGAAUCCAGGAAUGACGAGGUCUUUAAGGCCCUGAGGCAGUAGCAAUAUUACUAUUUUUGGGGCCUCACGGUUGUGCUCCGUGAGGAAGAAGAGCACAAAUGCUUCAUAUAUAGAGUCGACCACCUCUCGGAGUCUAUCCGGCAGCUGAAAUACCGUAAUGGUCUGCUCAAAAAGGGUGCGGUCCAGGCUAAGGGGGUGUAAAAUGCCAGUCCCAUAUCCAGCUUCCUCACAUAUCUGAGCACUUGGACGAUUCCUAGGAUUCAAGGGGUCCUCUGAAACUUGCCCUGAGCACGCCGCCGAGAACCUUGGAUUCACGGCUCAGGCGACCCCGAGCCUGUUUAUGACCUCGACCACGGCGGAAAGGGCGCCGAAUGUCGUGAGGGUGCGACUGGGGUGGAUCGGGAGCAAUAGGGGACGUAGUAGAGGAUGCGACCGAGGAUGUGGUAGUUUGCCAGCUCGAGGAGUGGUCUAUUAAUGGCUGACAUUUUUAUCACGCC